UCGGUCUCGGAUAGGAAACGAGAGGCGGGGCGGGGAGUCACACAAAACUAUCCUACUGACUUCUCAGCCCGGUCACCUCCGUUCCAUGGUGUGCCAUGCUGACGCUGAUGGCGGCCGCCGCUGCAGCAGCGCCGGACCAAUCCUUCUUCUCCCGCUCCCGCCGCCCCACGCAGCCGCCUAGCCUGUUCAAAGCCGGCCGCUCCGCCCUCCCGCCGCUGUGUGGCAGCGGUCAGAGCCAUCACUCCUCGCACUGUCGCUGUCACUGCUCCUGGAGCAGCACCCCGCACGCACGCCGGAGCAGCCAAUGCCGAUGCAGUGCCAGUGCGACGCCGGACCACCCGGACGAGCCGCCGUCGUCGGGGAGAGGCGGCCGUUACCAUCCUUGGGAGGACAUCGCCGAGACGCUUCAGCUCGACGACGGAGAGCCGGCGCGCCUCACCGACGCCGAAUCCGCCCGAACAAUCGUCGAGGUGAACAACAAUGCAACGGUGAUGAUCUCCACGCUCAUCGAUGACGGUGUGCACGAGAGGAUCAUCUUGCCGGAGUUCCCCUACUUGACCGACGAGAAUGGAGAUAUUUACUUCGAGGUCGACAACGACGACGCGGUCAUGGAAAACAUUAUGGGCGACGACAAGAUUGCGCAUGUUAUCAUUGGACUCGAUAACACAGAUGUCUUUGCUGACUUGGAUCUAGCAGCGGCGUCAUCGACUUCAUUUGCACAAGAAGAAGAAGAGGAGGAGGAAGAGGACGAUGAUUCCGACGAUUCUGACGAUGAAUAUGAGGAGGAGGGUAUAUAUGCUGUUGAUGAAGAAGACGGGGAUGACGACGGCGAUGAUGAUGAAGAAGAUGACGAUGCACCUAACUGGUCCAACCUUGAAACCGUAAAUUCCUGUCAUCCACUAUACUUUGCGAGGAUGAUUGUGGAGAAUGCGAGCAAAUCAAGUAUAGAUUGGUUGGACCGACCACCUGCAAGCCUUGUUGUUGAGGGUCAGCUGAGACCUGCGUUUGCUGAAGAGAGCACCAUGGUUUCCAGGCAUUUAUUAAAUGGUGAUGAACCACUCAAAGACGACAAAAAGGGAAGUGGGGCUACAUUUUUCAAGGUUGAAGUUCUGAGCAUUGAGCUGAUCACUGCAUAUGGUACAGAGCCCAAGGUAAAGAUAGAAGAAUACCGGAAAUCUAGACCCGACAUCAUCGCGCACUCUGCACCAAACAUAAUAUCACGCUUGAGAGCCGGUGGAGACAAGAUAACACAAGCUCUGAAAUCACUCUGUUGGAGGUGCAAGGCCAUUCAAGUAGAGGAAGCAGCAAUCAUCGGCGUCGACUGCCUUGGGUUUGACUUGAGACUGUGCUCAGGAACACAAGUGCAGACACUGAGAUUUGCUUUCCCUACAAAGGCUAGUUCGGAGUUCAGCGCAGAGAAGCAAAUACACGAGCUUCUGUUUCCUAGGAGGAUACAUCAAGAAGGGGAGUCACCACAGGCUCAACCCAAAGAGUACUGAUGUAAACAGAGAUGUGACGUUUUGUUCUUUUUCUAGGAAAUUUAAUCCAGCAACACAAAUAGCAGUAGCCAUCUUGAUGAAGUUCUUUCGAAUUCA